AGGUCUGCCUGACCCUGAGGGAUGCCCUGCCUGAAGGACUUGAACACUUCUCCUCUCUACCGUCACCUCAGGAAGCCCCUAGAUGCCACAGCCCAGCUUAUCUUGUGUGCAGGUGAAGGAUUAUGUCCACAAUGGUGUACCCAAGGGAGGAGAAGCUGGACAAGCUGAGCCAGGAGGAGAUCAUCUCCAACACCAAGCUGGUGAUGCAGGGGCUGGAGGCCCUCAAGAACGAGCACAACUCCAUCCUGCACAGUCUGCUGGAGACCAUCAAGUGUCUGAAGAAGGAUGAGGAGGCCAACCUGGUGCAUGAGAAAUCCAACCUGCUCCGCAAGUCAGUGGAGAUGAUUGAGUUGGGGCUCGGUGAGGCUCAGGUGAUGAUGGCUCUGUCCAACCACCUGAAUGCAGUGGAGUCGGAGAAGCAGAAGCUGCGUGCCCAGGUGCGGAGACUGUGCCAGGAGAACCAGUGGCUGCGAGACGAGCUGGCAAACACCCAGCAGAAGCUGCAGCGCAGUGAGCAGACGGUGGCCCAGCUGGAGGAGGAGAAGAAGCACCUGGAGUUCAUGAACCAGCUGAAGAAAUACGAUGAGGAUGUCUCGCCAUCAGAGGAGAAGGAAGGGGACUCCACAAAGGACUCUCUGGAUGAUCUGUUCCCGAACGAAGAGGAGGAGCAUGGGGCAGGAUGUAAGUGGUUCCACCCAAACGAUGUGCCACUGGCCCGGUUCCUUGGCGCCGCGGCAGCCGCUCAGCAGGGCGGCUACGAGAUCCCGGCGCGCCUGCGCACUCUCCACAACCUGGUGAUCCAGUACGCCUCCCAGGGGCGCUACGAGGUGGCCGUGCCGCUCUGCAAGCAGGCGCUGGAGGACCUGGAGAAGACAUCAGGUCAUGACCAUCCUGACGUAGCCACCAUGCUCAACAUCCUGGCAUUGGUGUACAGGGAUCAGAAUAAAUACAAAGAGGCCGCUCACCUGCUGAAUGACGCACUCUCCAUUCGCGAGAAGACACUGGGGAAAGACCAUCCUGCAGUGGCUGCAACCCUUAACAAUCUGGCUGUUCUCUAUGGCAAGAGGGGAAAGUACAAGGAGGCAGAGCCACUGUGCAAGCGAGCCCUGGAAAUCCGCGAGAAGGUUCUAGGCAAGGACCAUCCAGAUGUGGCCAAGCAGCUGAACAACCUGGCACUGCUGUGCCAAAACCAGACCAAGUACGAGGAGGUGGAGUACUACUACCGCCGAGCGCUGGAUAUCUACGAGAGACGCCUGGGCCCAGACGACCCCAACGUGGCCAAGACCAAGAACAACUUGGCCUCCUGCUACUUGAAACAAGGGAAAUACAAGGAAGCUGAGGUGCUGUACAAGGAUAUCCUCACCCGCGCCCACGUGAAGGAGUUUGGCUCUGUGGAUGAAGAGCACAAGCCGAUCUGGAUGCAUGCGGAGGAGAGGGAGGAGAUGAGCAAGAACAGAGAGAGAGACGGCACCCCCUACGCAGAGUACGGCGGCUGGUACAAAGCCUGCAAAGUCAGCAGCCCCACAGUGACCUCCACCCUGCGGAACCUAGGUUCUCUGUACAGGCGCCAGGGCAAGCUGGAGGCAGCGGAGACGCUGGAGGCGUGUGCACUGCUGUCUCGGCGGCAGGGCAUUGACCUCAUGAACCAGACCAAGGUGGUGGAGCUCCUGAAGGAAGGCGCCGGCAUGGAGAGGAGGGGCCGCGACAGCCUGGGGGGCAGUGUCAAGUACGAGAGCUCCACAGACGGUAGCGAGGAAGUGAGUAUGGGCGUGGAGUGGAGCGGGGUAAGUACAAGUCCACCAUCAAGAACUGCCUAGGCCAGCCGGGAGAGGCAGGGGGCAGUCCCUGC